GACUCACGUAAACAGACGUCGACGCUGCUAUGGACUCUCAGGGGGUAUUACCGAAUGGACUCAUGAAUUAUGGACAAACCGGAUCUAAAGAUCGUCAUAAUAUCACACAAGAUAUAGGCCCCAUUAAUGCUGGAGCAGGCUCACGCAUCUUCGUUGGAAUAAACAUAACAAAUGAAGCAGCAGUGCCGAAAAGAGACGAGAUCUUGAAGUGGCUCGAUCCAGAAGAUCGGAGAAUCUCUCAAUACAAAGAGCAUACUAGGUAUUGUGAAGACCGAGCAGAUGAUACAGGGGAAGACUUUCUCAACGGUGAUUUCAAAGAAUGGGCGUCUUCGAACAAGAAAUUUCUAUGGUUGAGAGGACAAGUUGGGUCCGGAAAAACUAUGAUAUGCUCGCAUCUGAUUGAGAAUAUCCCAAAUAUCUUGAGGAUUACCUCUCCAGAAGCGACUUCAAAAGAUGCUCACUUAGUCGCCUUUUAUUACUGCUCAUUCAGCGACGAUUCUACCUUCGAUAUCAGUCAUUGCGAAAAGUACGGAAUUGUGCCUGAAUUGAAACGGCUAUAUGAGAAUUGUAAGCCAUAUCCCCCUUCGACAGUCCAGCUAACAGCAUCGCUUCUGUCAAUCAUUAGCUCACUCAAAAGCUCCUCCGCCACCUUCACAAACUCAGAACAGACUGAAGCCUGUCGGAGCAUUACUUUGGUCAUUGAUGGAUUGGAUGAGGUACCCCCUGUAAAGCCACGGGAUGGUUAUCUCAAGGUUAUUAAGACUUUGUCCUCGAUCCAAGAUCAGAACUUCAGAAUUGUCAUCGUGAGCCGCGAGGAGGGUGAUUUAAAAGCAUCCUUCUCUAAGGGCGGAUGGAGAUGGCUCAUGCGAGAUGUCACACACGUAACCCUUGACAUUGAGAAAUUUGUUCAGGCACGAAUCUCCAGUCAUAGUACUCUCAGCUCUCAAUCUCUCGAUAUCAAGACUCUGAUCUCUCGAAGAAUUAGUCAAGGCUCUAAGGGAAUGUUUCGACUUUCAGCACUGCAGAUGAAGGAACUUGAGCUUCUCACUCGGCAUUUGACAGAAGUUCAUAAGGAAGAUCUUGAAUUUAUCUUUGACUCAUUACCCAGAGAUCUGGACACCUUUUAUGAUCUGAUCAUAGAACGUAUACCAAAAGGCUUGCUAUCAGAACUCGAGACGGUAUUGAAAUGGCUCAUAUUUGCGGCUCGGCCGUUAUUUGUGGAGGAGAUCGUGGAAGUUUGCACCAUUCGACUAUCCAUAAAUGGACUACCUUGUAUCGGAAACCGUCGUCGUGCUCUCGAAAUUGUGGAAAACCUCCCUGGUUUGGUGGAAUUAGAACCACCACUAGCAGAUGGUGUGAAAAGUGUGCCUCGGGGAGUUCAUAUACUUAGCAUUGCUCACUUCUCGGUCCAAGAAUAUCUGUGCCCAACUCACGAUAUUAGUCGCCCCCCUGGACUACUUCGUUUUACGAAUAUAUACAAGGAGCAUCAAACAAUGGCACAAGCCUGUCUCGCUUAUCUCCUCCAUUGCUUCAAGAAUAAAGAUGGCCGCACAGCUGCUUUUUGUUUACGAGAGUAUUGCUGGUAUUCUUGGUCCAUGCAUAUCACAGCGCCCACAGAUUCUUGUGAUUUAAAAGCACGGACUACGGCGGAUUCUUUGCGUUUGCACAAUAGCAUUGUGAACCCCAUCCUCUACAGACGACGCUCUGAGGUUGUAUCUAUGGAGGCCGCGCGCUUGAGAAGCUUUACGGCGACAUUCACUCCAAAGAUGUUCACGGAGCUUCUAGUUACCCUUAAAGAUUUAGAAUUCCCGUUUGACGAGUCUGGUGUAUCUGAGAGAAGCAUUGAUCCCCAGCAAAUACCUUACAAAACGAUUCCAGGACACUGUCCAGACGCUACUAGGCUUGUAAUUCUGUACCCAUCCAGCGAUCCUCACUCGCCGCUCAGGUGCGGCAUAUGUAAUGAUUCGCUUGAUAACAAUUCAGAUUAUGUCGGUUUAACAUACGCAUGGGGUACAUAUGAUGAGGAAAUGCCAGUGCAGAAAGUAUACCGCAAUGGAUUUUCUCUACAUCUGAUGCCAAAUCUACACUCUGCUUUAGUACAUUUGAGAGAGAAAACUGAGCCUCGUAUGCUCUGGAUAUAUGCAAUUUGUGUCGAUAUGCAGAAUUUUGAAGAGCGCAACUUUCAGGUGAGGUUAAUGGCACGAAUCUACAGUCAAGCUGAAGAAGUCAUAAUGUGGCUUGGCGAGUCGAGAAAUAGCUCAGAGAUGAUGACUAGCGAAGCUAAAGCCAUGAGCGUGCUGAACAUGGAGAAUUCACUGGACGUGAGUGUAACUCCUUACUGGGAGACUUGGGGACCAUUAGAUGCCUUAUUCAGACGAAGUCUAUGGUCUAGAGCAUUGAUGAUACAAGAGUCGGUUGUGGCAAAAAAAAUAACAGUAAUGUGUGGCCACUGCACUUCAUCAUUUGAUCAUUGGCACGACCUACGAGAGUUGCGUCGCAAAAGGCUAGAACCUGAGUUCCAGCUAACCCGUCUAUUUUCAAAUGAUUUUUCCAAAGUAGACGAUGCCGCGUGGGAUGCCGUGAUCGCCCUUCAAACUCUUCGAGAUUGGUAUAGAAAGAAUGGUAGGAUGGAACUCGAACUCGCGACCUUACUUUUUUUGUCCAGAAAGCAUAUUUCUUCCGACUAUCGAGAUAAACUAUAUGCGCUCUUGAGUCUACUGGGCGAUAAAAAGCGAUUGGAUCCUCUGUUAACUCCGGAUUAUAGUCUUUCUUCAGCGGACAUGGCCCACAAACUAACAGUGUAUGUUCUAAAAAAGUAUCAAAAUCUCACUAUACUUGAGAGUUCCUAUGCAGCCGACAAUUCUGAGAAUCUGUCAUCAUGGGCCCUAGAUUUAUAUGCGCUUCGUCGACCAAUCGCCCAUGAAUCUAGUGAUGCCAUACAGCGAAGCACACUGCAGGACUCACACGAUGCAUCACAAGCAUAUAAUGCUGGAGGCAAGUAUAUUCUGGACGACCACCCAUUUACGUUCUCUAGCAACCUCGAGACUCUGAAAGUGUGGGGUGUUGUCAUUGACUCCGUUGAAAAUUGUGACCUAGGACUGCGGCUUUCUCAAAAUAUAUAUUGGGAAAGCUCGAGGGAAAGAACUGUGGCAUUUAAUUGCCGACGAUUUGUCAAUUGUCUUGGCCCGGAGAGUGUUAGAAGAGGUGAUUUAGUGGCCGUAUUAUUUGGCAGCAUUGUACCUUACGUUGAAGGUAUCAUGGGAGGUGAGAUACUAGAAGCAUAUCAAGCUGGUGAUAACGAGGGGCAGGAGUUCUGGCUUGAGUAGACUAAAUUUGGACACAUAAGAAUCAUUGUGACCAUGGCAAGCGCAGGCUGAGUCUUUGAAAGUCAUGUACACAUCAGACUUUCGCAUUAUAUAAGAAAAUGAGCAAAAAGUCAAAA